AGAAAACUGAGUUAUGGAGAGCAAGCCUAAACGAAAUUUAAGUCACAAAAAAAUUGCUCACGUGCCACACGCCAUAGUCUUAACACAGCGCAGGUGAGAUGACAUCGACAGCAGUAACAAAUUGCUUGCCUUGAUUCUUUCUCCUUGGCAUUUAUUUUGCUAGUAAUUAAAUCAUAUGGACGAUACGAUAGACGACGACAAUGUCCCUCUUCAAAGGGGACUUCUCCAUAACGAGAAUGAAGACUCUGUUCCUGAAGAAGAGCAAAGGCUAUUAGAUCAAGGCUCAAACACAGACGCUAGCCAACUGGACACAACCGCACCAGCACCCAUUGAUACAUCUAACAGGCAAGCUACUAUUGAGAGUUCCAUGCCAUCGCCGAGACGAUUUCCUCGACAACCUCUUCUACAGUUUGAUGCGAAGGACAAUAUACAUCAGCUGGAAAGAGAGCUGGAGCAAAGACAGACAGUUGGUAGCCCACAUCAAAACCUGGAAGCAGAAGACGACUUGGUUGAGAACGCUAUUCCGUCGACCAUUGGAGGCUCUUUGGACAAGAUGAUCGGCAGCUUUAUUAGAGGCAUUGGCCAUCUCACCAAAGAUCCCGAACUUGUGAGUAUAGGCGAUCAACGCAUUCUCAUCGGCAACGCUGAGAUUGAACAGAAGAAGCGAGAGCGACAGGACGCUGCAACUGAAACGGUGGCCAUACCUUGAUACAUUCAGGGAAUCGAAUAGCGGGAGCCACGUGUGGAGACAUACCGUUAAUUUGUAUACUGGUAUAAGAAAUUACUUUGUACAGUCCUUUACGUCCCCAUUUAUGUUUUGUUUCUUAUACAUAUAUAUAAUUCUUUUAUCUUUUCCAAAG